GGAGUAGACGCUGUGCGGGGAUUUAACUCAGAGACGCGGUUGCUGCUGUCACAGUUGCUCCUGGAUUCUACAUUGUGCGGAUCUCUUCUUCACACUGCAAACAUGGCUCUGAAAGUGAUCGUAAUAUUCGCUCUGAUGGCGGUCGUUAUUCAUGCACCGGUUUCAAAUGCCAAGCCCAUCAGCCUGGUAGAGAGAUGCUGGUGCCGUUCCACAGCCAACACAGUCCCACAGAGAAGCAUUCGCGAGCUCAAGUUCGUCAACACACCCAACUGCCCCUUCCAAGUCAUUGCCAAACUGAAGAACAACAAGGAGGUGUGCAUUAACCCAGAGACCAAAUGGCUGCAACAGUACUUGAGGAACGCCAUGAACAAAAUGAAAAAAGCCCAACAACAGCAGAGCUAAGAAGUCUGCCAGAUGACAAGGGAAUCUGACAGCCCACCGUCACAGAUAUGUACCAUAUAGUCCUCUGGCAUGCUUGCUGACCCAGCACUUAACCUGCCAAAUAUGCAUCCCAAAUAAAUGACUCUGCAAACGACCACCAGACCACCGUCGCCACCCAUGUAGUCUUCUCUGUUAGCGCCAAGUGCAAUUAUAUAUGUAUGACUGUGUUUUUUUUUGUUUUGUUUUUUUACGUAUGAUAUGUAUAUACAAUGUUUUCUUAUAUAUCGUUUUAAAAACAGUAAAGAGAUAUUUUUGGAGUCGUGUUUGCUCCUUGUUUGUUGUGUUAUGUUGGAUUAGGCAGAAUGGCAUUGAAAUAAUGAGGCAUUUUGGAGCAAACAUUCAAAACUCUGAAAUAUAUUUUAAUCUUAGCUGUAACAGAAUGUGUGACUUCACAUUGGCAGGACUGAAGUUCUGACAACUCAUAUGCAUGCAAGUGCUUUGACACUAAAAGAAGGGCAUUGAUUUUCAACUAUUUAGUUACGUAUUUUACUAGUUCAUUACUUAGAUAUCUGUAGCAGCAUAAAUUACAUGUAAACGUUGUAUGGCAUAUAUGAAAAAUAGUCACUUGUUUUUAUUUUUGGAAAGGCAGGGUUAAUUAGCCAAACAAACAUGAACAAUUAAGACCUUGUAUAACCUAAAUGGUUUCUGAAUGACUUUGGGGAAUGUAAUUGGUUUUACUGGAAGGCAUUUGUGCGCCGACAGAGUGUCUUUUGCAACAUUCUGUGCAUACCAAAACAUCUGUGGUUGCAAAUGUUAAUUGACAGAUCAGAGUGUGCGUAAGGAGCUCGGCGUCACAAAAUAAAUGUUUCUUCACGCUCAGCAGAAUUAAGUCAUGAUCAGAGACAUCAGAGACAGUUGUGCGUCAGUUAACAAAACUUAGAGAAUUUACUGCAAGUAAUAAUGAGCUAAUUCAUUUAUUGAAUGAUGAAAACUAAAUCAUGGUAGGCAUGAUAAUCUUUAUAAAACAGCAGUGUUAGUGGAACAUCUGAGGUAGACCUUGAGGCAGAACUAAUUGACGUAAUGACUACCUAUAUAUAACAAUGCACUUUAUAACCCUUGCGACUUUUGAAGAGAAAAAAAAACAACAAGAUUCUGAAUGACGUCCAUUACGUAGUGAAUAGUACUGGUGCUUAAUGUUUUCUUUGUUUAGACGUAGUUAUGAAUGUAAUGCCAAAUUUAUUAAACAUUUGUAUCUUCAGCAUCAUA